AUGCUUUUCCUCUUAAGUAUCCCAUCUAUACUGGUUCAGCAGCCAUUACUAUUAGUACCGAGAUGCUUGAGGGUUAGACAGUCGGAUAUGCUAGAUAAUACAAAGUCACUUGCGCUAGUAGACUUCCUUCCCAAUACAUACGAGACAUCUGAUUUCUCUUUUCUCAUUACUACGUUUAUGGACAGUGACUCCCUGACAUUGCGUCGAAACUACGGACUCCCCAUUCGAGAAGUUUUCAUUAACUUCGCCAAAGAACUAUUUAAGUGGGAGAAGAACCUGGACCUUCUAGCAUAUGGCGGAUUGAACUGCCAGGACGGGAUUCCUUCCUGGGUUCCCGACUGGGCCUUGACGCCAUUACCAAUCAAUUUUCCUAAGCCCAAAUAUAAGGAAAGUUAUGAUCUGAACUUCUCUGCUGAUGCGGAAGUCGAGCUCAAUCAUAGGUUGGAGGACAAUGAUGCUUUACUUCAACAUCCACGGCAUUACUGUUGGAGCAAUUACUCUAUCGAAUCAGAGAAACCGGGAAAGAAAAUAAAUCGGCAGCCUAGAACAUUAUGCCAGAGGGCCAUGUAUGGAUGGAAUAGCAAAUCCGCCCGACCAUCCCAUAAACAAGAUCAGAUACUUGCGCGAAUCUCGAAUGAUAGUUCUGAUGAUGAAUCUGACGAUGAUUACUCUGGAGCUCUUGACUCCACUGAGAAUGUGAAAGAUUGGAAACCAUCUACCGUGCGAGAUAUAGAGUACAUGCGUCAUAGAAGGCCAAUUAUUUCCCGCACAUCCCGACUUUAA